AUGAUGAUACGACUGCGAAAUACUUUAUCCAUAGCAAAAAUUGUCCGCAGUUGUCACCAACACUCAAAUUUUCAACAUCUGUUUCUAGUACGAUCCUCAGCUAGCAAGUGCUUUCACAGAGAGAAACUAACUUCUAACCUACGGCUAAGGCAUUCACCAAAACUGAUAAAUCCACUAUUUACAAAUGCAAGAGGUCGCUACAAAACCAGCACUCGAUUGUACUCCACCUUCGACCAUUCAAAAGUACCAACGAGAGAAUUUUUAGGCAGCUUCCUAGAUCAUGAAUAUGCAGAAGCAAGCUCGCUAAUAUUCGAUGAAGAGAAGAGAAAUCAAUACCUUACUAAUCUCGGUCGAUUGUCUGCAGAGCUGGUUCCUCGAGUAACUAUGGAUUUUUAUAGGGUGGUCGAGGCUUCGUUUGAGUUUCCAGAUGAGGGAUUUGAGUUCAUCACACAAUUUUGGAGAGCCCUGAAUCAAUUAGAGAAUGAGAAUUUGCUCGAAUUAAUAAGGCGCAUUUUGGGCCAAAGAGAACGAUUGCUAUCAUUGAUUUUGAGUACAGGUCGUUUUCAUGUAUAUGAAAAUUUAGUUCUUCCAUCUAUACAAAAGCUUGUACCGAGUGACGAGCUCAACUUUUUGGAUGAGGUGACUAGAAUCUUGGGGCUACAAAGAUCCCCAUCAGGUCUAUUUCAAUACGAUAAGGAGAGUGUGUUGUCAUUGUUGACGAGCGGCGAUAUAACUAAGAGUGAAAAAAGAGAUGUAGUGAAAAUCCUUGUUGCAAAUUCCUUAACUGCAGGUAGUGGUCAUGUUUCCAGAAUGCAUUCGAUUGAAAUUUUUGUAAAGUAUGCAAAGAUAAUCGAAGGUGAUGGUUGGUUUACCAGUGAGAUUUCAUCAGAAUAUGAUGCACUUUUUCAAUCUGUUGGUAUUCCUUCCAGUGAGGAUAAAUUUGACGACUACUUUCAGGAAGUCAUCAAAAUUGUUGAAAAUCAUUAUAAUGUGUUUGUUGCUUAUAAAUUUUUGACUAAUAUUAUGCGGAACCUUUCAGAAAAGGCACCAUUUGUGACCUAUCGAUUAUUUGAAUUCAAAUCAGCACAAUGGAGACAAAGAAAUCUUCUCAAAAGAGAAGUUUUGAACUACUUAGAUCUUGCAUACGCUAUGAAGGCUUGCUUGAGGCUUGACGAGAAUAAAAUUUACGAAAUAUAUUUGCAAAAUGAAGAACUUCAUGAUGAUGAAUCACAGGAAGCCAUUUUUCUCGAUCUUUGUGUGCAACAUAAAGAUUGGAAAUCACUACAGGAUAGAUUCGAGAACAUGUAUGGGAAAGGAAAUCUACCGGACACAGUUCAUUACGGAAUUACGAUGCAAGCAUUAGAAUUUCUUGAAGCUGAUGGUGAAUUGGAAAGAUUAUACGAGCAAAUUUUAGAACGUGGUUUAAAGAUGAAUGCAGCUAUUUUUAUCGCUAGGAUGAAAGCCAAGAUAAGAAGAAGAAACCAGAAGGAAGUUGAAGCUAUAUUUGAGGAUUAUAUAUCUUUGGUCUUACAAAAGAGGGCAGAUAAGGAUGGUAUAUCGCACUUAUUUCCCUUUGUUUUGCAACUAUCUUUCUUGGAUGGAGAUAAUAGGUCGGUUUUGGCAACACUUCAGGCGUACCUCGAGAGGGAAGGAAAGCACCAACUUCUUAUUGUAUCAGGUAAAGCUUUGGGGUUAGUUGCGCGUCAUUUUUCCCAAAACUGCGCUUUGGGGGAUUUAAACAAACUUUUUGGAAUUGCAGAACGUUUCCAUAAAUUUGAUAAUGACUUUGCAUGUAGCUUGAUCGACGCAUAUUCCAAACUUGGACAAUAUGCAAAAGCUGACGAUGUUGCAUAUCUUGCCCAUGGCCGAACAAAUCCACCAUUCUCAGAUUUGCAAAUUUAUGCAUCUCAGUUGAAGAAUCAUCAAAAAUGGCGCCGUCUGUAUAUUUCCGGAAGCAUUAAACGAUACAAUAAUAUCAAAACAAACUACAUUGUUUCAUUGGCUUUACAAUCUGAAUUUUCGAUAUUUCAAUCGGGUUUUGGUGGUGUAGAUUUUUUGAGUUCAAUAAUGGAUGCUUUACGAGAGAACGCAAUAGACUACUCACAAGCUAAUUCAUUAAGAUACCUUCAAGGAAGACCCAUAAAAACGAUAAAUAGUCUUUUAAGGAGACAAAUUGCGAAUCGUAUGCGACUAGAUGAAAGGUUGUACUUGCCGCUAAUGAAACAAAAUUUGGUGUAUCAAAACUACAAACCAUUGAACGUGAUGAAAAUUUUUAAUGAGAUGAACCAAAGGAGGGUGUUGGUGACUGCGAAGUCCUAUAUACAUGUGAUGAGAGCGAUGAGAUCAUUGGAUAAGAAGUAUGAUAGAAGCUACAAAAAUAGUGCUGAAUUGUUGAAACAAAUGCUCCAGUUGUAUGGGUUUGAUGCGGAAAAGUCAAAAUCAAAUCCUAGACUUGACUUUAAGAAUGACAGUGUCUUAAUAUGCGAUAUUUUGAUAAAGUAUGUGCAGUCUGUUGGACUAAAGAAGGGAAGUAACUUAUUUUCUCGAUUCGUAUUAUUUUGUGAAAGGGCCUAUGAUGGUAAAUUACCACUUGAAUUGAGAGCCAAAAUUGACUACUUCUUGACAAUAUGUUACAAGGAAGUCAAUAGCAUUGAAUAUGGUCCUUUCUUGGAGCAAAAGUUUGAAGUUUACCUGAACAUGAUUUCUGAGUAUGUUCAAGAGAUGGGGAACGGUGAUGAUGCAUCAAUCCCACCUGUCCUCAAUGAAGCAUCAAGCUAUUUUACUAUACAACGAAUGAGAUACCUCAUCAACGAGAAUGCAUUUGGAGUGGAACAGCAGAAGGAGAUAAUUAAUGUGCUACAAAUGGGACUUCAGCCAAACAUAUUUGAUUACAACUACAUAAUUUCCUAUUUUUUGAAGCAAGCACCUUUAGUGCAUUUUGCCAAAACUAUGGAGAUCAUUGAGAAGUAUUUGAUAACGGGAAACCUAUCACAACUCAAGUUAUACCGAGAGAAGAAGCUAUGCUAUAAAAUCUGCAUGGUCUAUUUAUGCGACGUUUACGAUGAACAAAUAGUUGCUGAAAAUUAUAAAAUCCUUUCUGAUUAUUUUGGUAUAAAGUCAUUGAAUAAAGUAAGAGCUCGAUCGAAAAUGAUAGGAUGCCUCAAUUUCUUGAAAAGCUCAUCCGGGAGAUUGUUCAACAUUAAGUCAGACCCCUAUGGAUCUCGUUCAAUGAAUCAGUUCAACUUUAUUGACUACUUUAAUCCAGCUCGUGAUCUCAACAACGAGCCAAAGCUUUUCAAUGAAACUUCAAGGUUACUAGUUCAAGCAGUUUCUGAGCACUGCAAGAGAAACAAGGGUAGAAAAGCCUCAUUUGCAGGCCGGUAUCCCAAAAUAUCCACUUUCUGUAAAUCAGACCUAAAUUAUUAUUCAAAAUUGACCGCCUUUAAUGGUAAAAUUGAUUAUUUGAAUUCGUCGCAAGAUACGAGACUACGAAGGACAAAGGAUGUAUUAAGGGAAUUACUAUUCAACCAUAACAAUACUAAAAUAUUUAUACCAAACACCACCAACGCUGUGGGAAAAGUUGACAGAACCUCUAGCUGA